UUGGAGCUUCACAAUUUCUUAGUUUAUGGUGCACGCUCGAGAGUUACGGUUCUCUUAAGAGAAAAGGAAUGCUUCGUGAUAAAUAUACAAUAUAAGUGUUGAUUAAAAGUCUUAUUAAAGUUGGGGACGUGAUAGCAGGAGUCACCAUGGAGAAUCGUGGCAAACGCCACAUUGAGCCGGCUCACAGAAGCCCCAAGGGCAGGAGUCGAAGCCCCCGCCAUAAGACCGUCCAAAAAGAAAAAAAGAAUAUGUUUUUGUUUGGAAAUUUCAUGGAGUGUUUCAGUACAGUUCUGGCACUUUUCACCAACGUCGAACUGAAACAAGAGGAAGAUGAUGAGUGGGAAGUGCCUUUUGAGAUGAUCACUGACCUGACAUACCUUGGAUCGGGAGCACAGGGCGUAGUCUUCAGUGGGAUGCUGCGUGGCGAGAUGGUAGCAGUGAAGAAACUGAGAGACAAGAGCGAGACUAACAUUAAACACCUCAGGAAACUCAAUCAUGAAAAUAUAGUGCGUUUCCGUGGCGUCUGCACAUCGUCCCCUGGCUACAGCGUCAUCAUGGAGUACUGCCAGUACGGUCCGCUGUUCGAGUUUCUGCACAGCGGUGCGUGCUUCGCACCCAAACAGAUCAUCAAUUGGGCCAAGGAUAUAGCGAAUGGCAUGGCCUAUCUGCACAUGCAUAAGAUCAUACACCGUGAUCUGAAGAGUCCCAACAUCUUGAUAGCGGACAACCUAGUGGUGAAAGUGAGCGACUUCGGCACCAGCCGCGUAUGGAACGACGUCAGCGCGAUCAUGAGCUUCACGGGCACCGUGGCCUGGAUGGCGCCCGAGGUGAUCCGCCACGAGCCGUGCUCGGAGCGCGUGGACGUGUGGUCCUACGGCGUGGUACUGUGGGAGCUGCUCACCCAGGAGGUGCCGUACAGGAACCUGGAGACGCACGCCAUCAUGUGGGGCGUGGGCACGGACACCAUCAUGCUGCCCAUCCCGAGCACGUGCCCUGACAGCCUGCAGCUCCUGCUUAAUCAGUGCUGGAACCGCACCCCAAGGAACAGGCCCCCAUUCAAGAUCAUCGCCGCUCAUCUGGAACUCGCCGGCGAGGAGCUCAGCCUGAUUCAGGUGGAAUGCUUCAGCGUGACCCAGGCUGCGUGGCGCAAGGAGGUGCAGGAGGGCAUGAACAAACUCUACAUCAGGAACGAGCAGACCCAGCAGCAGCCCCAGCAGGUGCAGGAGGCGAGCACCCAGCGCCGCGAGGAGCUGCGACAUGCGCGCGAUGUGCGCCACGUGUAUGAGCAACAGCUUACGCGGGCCAAUGAGCUGUACAUGGAGGUGUGCGCUGUGCGGCUACAGCUCGAGGAGCGAGAGAAGGCGAUCGCGGAGCGCGAGAAGGCCCUGAAGGCAUGCCGCUGCGGCUUGAAGAAGCUGAAGCAGUUCCAGCGCCAGACGUCGUCGUCGUCGGACGGCGUGCAGCUGCCGCUGCAGGUCAUCAACGAGGCGCCGCGCCGCCAGAAGAAGAAGAAGGCUGAGGCACAAGCCCAGGCCCAGGCGCAGGUGAUUGUGAGCUACAACGAGGGCCAGACAGUGACCACCGUUGCCGAUGAUUGCGUGUGCAGCGUUGAGAGCCUGCAGAACAACAACCUGGACACGAUCAAGAUCCAGCCAUCGUUCCUGGAGCACAAUGGAAACUUCGAGAAGACCGAUAAUCAGAUUGCUAACGGCAACUAUGUGCCGGAGAUCGCGCACGUUUAAGUUAAUCGUUGUGACCGCCCGCUUGUGAUCUAUGGGCGUUGUAAAGCGGUGGGGGAGGGGUGAUGAUACGAAUGGGUGGGCUGCACAGGGUUAGUGAGCGAGGGUUCGGGAAAUAGUAAGGGGAUUGUGCGAUUAUUGAACGAAUAGGGCAGAUGGUUUGGACUUAGAAUGGGGUGGGUCAAUGGAUAUGAGGAAAAGUUGUAAGGAUUGGGAAAAUGGAGCAGAGGGGGGUGGACUGGACGAAGUAUUUGACUGAAAGUCUGUGUGCUUGGACUGCUUUACGUCCGUUGUGUAUAAAGGACUCGGCCCGCGGGCUCCUGUUCGAACGAGGGAAAGGAUCUCUACAGUUGAUCUCACUACAUUUACUAGAGACGUAACGUUACAACUUCAGCCAAAUGUUAUCGAUAAUUAGACCGUAGGGUUGUGAACAUAAUGCUUAAUCAUGUGUAUACCAUAUGUUCACCAUAUAUACGAAUAUCGCACAGUAGUUAUGUGUUAGUUGUAAUUUUUGAAAUUUCACUGUUUCUAGUAUACUAGCCUUUAGUUUCGUUUCCAGUAGGGCUCUCAGACGGACGCGCCGACUCCCUCACUGCGCAGUCAACGUGCACUAGGUGGUAGGCCUCGGAUGCAAAAGGCCGACUGGGGAGGUACCACCGCAAUGUCUAUUUCAGCCGUCAAGUAACAAUGUCAAACAUUGUUUAUACGGCUUGAAGGACAUUGUAGCCAGUAGAAUCACUGGGCAUCUUGAGACUUAGUGUUAUGGCUCGGGGUAACGGGUGCAGUGCAGGGCCAUGCAUUACUUUGUACUUCAAAGUUUUCAUUGGCCUUGGUGCUGUUUAUAGGCAGGGGUGCCCCUUAACACCAGCUCAGGGACCUGCUCGACCCGUAACUCAAUAAAAGAAAUCUUGAUUCUUUCGGCACACUCAACAUCAUGUAGUGUGUGCUGUGGGUACACUAUGCAGUGUCUGUUGUCGGCAUAAUACAAUAUCUGCAGUCGGUUUGGAUUACAGUAACUAUCGCCACGUAUUUCUUAGGCACCAUACGACUCGAACUUCACCCGACUGCACGCAGUUCAGACUCAACUGCAGUCCGUCUGAUUGAGCCAAUAAUUGUUUUGACUUAUCCAACUUAAAGAAUCCCACAUUCCAUUACAACAUCGAUCCUUUCCCUGUAACUGACUCGUCUUGUCGUUUCCGACUGCAUUUCUACGGGUACCCUGAAUCUCAUACGAUAUUCGUUUUUUCUUACCCAUCAUAGUUAAAAUAAUGUUUCCCAUGAAAACAAAAUGAAAUUUCUGUACAAUUGCUUUUGUAUAAAACAAUUAAACGUUUUCGAUUUCCGUCGCCAUAUUGACUGUAGGACAGGUAACGAGAAACGAAUUGACAUUCGAAUUUCAAAUCUGACAGCUUGUAAAAAGUUUGAAACAAAGAGUAAAUAUUUGGAAUUGUCAUUUUAGAGUUGUUUCCGGUAACAAUAAUUAGGCCCAAUAAUUUUUAGUGAGACAAUAAGGGACCCCUAUUUACCUUCACUUAAAAUAAAUCCUUUACUUAAUGUACCUAUGAAUUAGAUAUUUACACUAAACUUAAGGAGUAAAGUGAUAUUAUAAGUAAACUUAAAAUAUAUAUAUAUAUAUGACGCUUCGUGAAUAUUUUCGCCCGGAGGUUGCGUUUUAUAUCAUUUUUGUGCUAAUAUAUAACGAGUUUGAUUUGUCUGGUAUCAAAUAAUUAGUGUAAGUGUUAGAUUAAGUUUUUUCCUGGUUGGAAACUGGUUGGCAGACAUUCUACAUGCUAAUUGAGAUGUAGAUUAAUUAUUGAAUAAUCCAUUGAAUCUCCCUUAUACAUCAAAUUUCAUGAGGUAGGAAGUCCAAAGCGUGGACACAAUUUCCACUGGGCCAAACAUGAUUGAGGUGGUGGUGGGACCGUGCCAUUUGACAUGAGUUGCCCUCGAAGAUCAGACGUGGCGGCGUUCAAUACAUGCACCUUUUCUCCUUGGUUCCGCCAUCGCCACGCCUUUGCGACACUUUACGGUCAAAACACAGAUGCUCAGUUUCUUUCCAGGGUACCAUUUUAUUUUAUAUGAAUUUACAUUUUGUAUUAUUUUUAGUUUUAGCUGGCCUAAAACACGUUGUUUUUUUUUUAUGUAACGCGCCUUGGUUUCAAGGAUUGCUCAUUAGUAUUAGUAUAGUUUUUGCAUGAAUUAUUUAGCGGCAAAUCGAUUCUCUGCCCUCUGGUUUUUGUAUUUCGUGACUUUCUGAUGAUGCGUACUUUUAUGAAGUAUUGGUUUUUCUGGAUAUAACUAAACAAAAUAAUUUACAUUUACAAAUAGAUUCACGUAAUUUUAAAAAUUGCAAAUAUUCUCAAUUGUAAUGCAGUUCAUACACCGACGACCUUUGUAGUUUUGGGGCUAUCGUUGCUCCUAGACUUUGGGUCCCGCAUUCUUUCCCGGUCGGAGCAUACCUUAAAAUUAAUUGUAUGUUUUCGAGUCGAUCGUAUGUCUAGCCUUAACUCAGAUUGCUUGAAGCUUUUGUUUAAUCUGUAAAUACGUCGAGUCACUAAACUGAAUCUCAUUGCUCAAAAUGAAAAGGUGGAUAAAAAUUGUUCACACCAAAUGCUCGAUUUACGCGGACACUAAAAUUGUAUUCAGGGUUGAAAGGGGUUUUAAUGUUUUUUUAAAAAGGAUAUCAGAUUUUUUAUUAAUUGAUAAAUUAGAUAAAGAUCAAAAUUAUGACGUGAUCUCAUUAUUUAUUUUAUUUUUCUGUGAUAUUUUUCUUUUUGUGAUAUUAGUUAAGGGUUUGACGGAUAUAGUGAUCUAAAUUAAUUAUCCGCGUAAAUGGAGUAUUGGUUGUUUGGAGAAAGAGGAAUGCAUUUGACUAUAAUAAAGAAAUUAGACAGUAUUCUUAAACUCUUUGUGUAAAAGUGACUUGACAAAUCUCAUUUAAUUUAUCUUAAAUUAAUUAAACCUUCGUGCGACUCGGCCAGAGGGUCGCGAUCCCCGCAUGUCCCCCAUGGGGCCGUAUCGACCACCGUCGUGUACGCGGAAGCCCAAAAUAUCAGGGUAAUUAACAAAAUGUUGUCAACAAAAACCGAAUUUAAAAGUUUUUUGUGCAAUGCCUGCCGACGAGUGAGGUUUAUUUGAUAUAAACGUUCAUUUCCCACUUCUUUUAUAUUUUGAAAUGUAAAUUGAAUUACGGAAGGAAAGUAUAUUUUUGUAAUGAUUACUACACGCUUAGGAUGUCGCUAGCGGUGCGGGGUUGUGGUCUUUGUGAUAAAUUAUAUAUCUUUAAAGUAUAUGAAAAGUAUUUUUGCUAUAACAAGUAUCGCAUUUUACGAUUUUUUUUCCACCUCGCGUGAUAUUUAUUUUUAUCGUUUAAAUUCUUUCAUUUACAUUCAAAUGUUUUGGUAAAAUUUUUCUUUAUUAGGUCAUGCGAGACUUAAAUAAGAUUUUGGCAUAUAAAUGUACACGCCCUGUACAAAUCUAUAUUUCUCGCGACUUUACAGAAUGUAUGUGUAGUAAUAAGGGAGAAGAAUUAUUAAAAUUAAAUAAAAUGACAUCCGGAUUACUUUAGACCCAGUUUUUUGGUACUUAAUACUUUGGUAAUGUAUUUUCUGUGUGUUUAUAGUAAUUUAUGGUUACCAUAACGUGCGCACGAGUGUGCACGUCUUUAGUAAUUUCCAGGCUGAGUACAGUGGCGGUUACAGGUCAUGGGGGGCUUUUUUAGCAAAACAAUGUAGAUUUCUCAUAAAUUUAAUAACCCUAUUUUAUGUUAUCCUUUUUGUACCACUGGUUAUUUAAUUUAUGGAGAGUUAAGAUUUAAUUCAUAAGAGUUUUGGCCCCCUACGCCCACCCCCUGGAUCCGCUCCUGGUUACAAAUAAUAGACUGCACUUAGUCUGAGCUUUUUAUGUCACUUUACCAAGUUUAUUAACUUGUCUACUUAAGUAUUUUAUAUCUUAUGAAUUUUUAGAAAAAAUCUGUGUCGGUUGAGACGAUAGUGCGUGUCAAACCGACGGACUGUGUCGCUAUAUAUAAACAAAAUAUAGUUAACUGGAAUAAAAUCAUAUUAAAAUUGUAUGUAAAUAUAAACAGCGGGUCUUAAAAUAAUUAGAGAUUUUAAAAAUAAAUGGUGCAUUAUUGAUGUGUACUGGGCACCAUGAUUAUAUAGUUCUGGAUGAUUUAAUCACAAGCGUCAUGUCUCUCUCAAAUAUUAUGUAUCCACAUUGCGUAUACGCAUAUAUCUACUUAUAUGUUACCCAUCCGUUGUGUUAGACCGCUGUUGUAUUAGUGGUUGUGUGUUUAAUAUAUAACAUAACCUCGUAGUCUAGUUUAAAUAAAUAGAUAUGUGUCAAUAUUUGUUGACUUGGUAUUUUUAAUGUUCACGAGUUUUGCUGAUAUUUAAAUAUUAUAUUACAAUAGAUCUGUAAUUAGAUAAGCUUUACCAAUGAUCUGGUAUGUUUUUUUGUUUUUUUACAGACUACUUUUUAAUCAGUAUAGUUUUUUUUUUCAUCUUUUUUUGUUUUUUUUUUAUGGGAUUUUUUUUUUAUAUGGUGUUGGAAGAGGCAGCCAUUUGGCAUUUUUAUUAUACAUUUUUAUACUUUCUAAAAUUUAUAUCUGAUUUAUAUAAACGUUAGGUAAUAUUAGUCUAUAUUACUCUGUUUCCAUAGUAUAUUAAUGUAUCUAGUCGUAGUUACAACAUAAUUUAACAGUAAGCAUGUGUUGAUUGGUCUAAAUAAAAUCUUGACA